AUGCGAGAGGAACAGUCUUGUGGCGACUUUCCCGAGGGUGGGGUCCUACCCAGUGAAGAGGAGCAAGAACGUCGCCCUAACAAGUGCCCCGUCGUUGUUGCGCCACCAACGGGUGCUCGAAAGCGGCUGACAGGUCCCAAGAAAGAGCCUGGUGGACCCCUAGCACAGGACGACAAGACAUCACUGGAGGGCCCGUCUACGCUCACUCCCUCCUGCCCCAAGCGGCCCAAGAGGAGUUCUCCUUCUUCCUCAUCGACCUCUGCGGCCUCCCUAGUGCCCACCGUGAGCACGGUGUCACCUGUGCCCGGGCAACCGUUCGAGGACCUCCACACGCAACGGGUGAUCGCUAACGUCCGGGAACGGCAGCGCACGCAGUCCCUAAACGACGCUUUCGCCUCGCUGCGGAAGAUCAUCCCCACGUUGCCUUCAGACAAACUGAGCAAGAUUCAGAUCCUCAAACUGGCUUCGAGAUACAUCGACUUUCUCUACCAGGUUCUGCAGAGCGAUGAAAUGGAUGCCAAGCUGGCCAGUUGUAACUACCUGGCCCACGAAAGGCUGAGCUACGCCUUCUCCGUAUGGAGGAUGGAGGGCGCUUGGUCCAUGUCCGCCACUCACUAGACGUUCACCCAUUCCUGAUCCUACAGCGCUAUACGACCCUCCAGAUCCAACCAGCCUCUGAACUCUGAACCUGCAUUCUGCCCCAGAGAAAGUGACUCUGAUUAUUAAAUCUAUCGCUGUCUGUCUACUAGCUAUGGCUUCAAAU